GGCCAAGAAUAGCACUUGGCGCUGGAGAAUGAGGCUGGGUUUGAACUGAGUUUGAAGGCUGGUUAUAUGAAGCACGAACGAGCACAGUCGUCGUCAAGCUCAACCACCACCGCCUUUCUUCCUCUCCCCCUACCCGUCGUGGUCCUUCGUGGCCCGCCCUUGCUGCUUCUUUUAUACUUAACCUACGUUUGAAUUUAGACUCAAUGUCUUCCGUCGCUCUUUCCCGCCUCUUGGCUUUCGUAGCCGCCUCCGCUUCUCUUGCACUCGCGCAGGACCCUACCUCCACCCCCACUCCUCUCGCUGACAAGCACUUCAACUACCCUGAUCAAGUGCCCUACCAAGCCGACCCUGACAAUGGUGUCCGUGGUACCCAGAGUGGUUUCAACAUCUGUAAUUCCACGACGCAGAACCAGGACUCUCUGUGCCAGACUGCUUUCCUCGACUUCCUUGAUGAUUUCUGCUUGUGGUCGGCACCCAAGCCCGAUUCAACCAUCGGUGAAACUGAGCAUGAGGAAGUUGCUUGGUGUACUCAACCCAAGCAUGGUACUCGUCUUAUCCCCGCCGGUGCAUUGCAGGGUGUGCAGUUCAUCAAGACACCCGGCUACCUCCAGGUGACUGGUUUCAUUGACCAGACGAAGAUCAAUCUUCAAGCCGAUGAUUUCGGUGGUGAACUUGACCCCCACGGUGCCGAUUUGCGUGGUAACCCUCUCGGUGGAUUGGUGUACUCCAACAAUUUGCCCAGCAAGAGCGGUGACAACAACACGUACACUCAGGUGAUUGAGUGGCACAACUUCAUGGGUUCCAACCAGUUCUGCAUGAAGGUGUGCGACCCUGCUGAUCCCCAGGCACCUCAGUUGUGCCAGCACAUCUACGAUCGUAUCGGUGUCCAAUACAACUGUCCAUCUCAACCCACCAACGGCACGUUCGAGGUUUGUGAGGGCGAGAACCAGGACCCGCCUGGUAUCUUCACCUCUAAUGGCCAAGUCAUGACCUAUACCCAGCCCCCAGAGUCGCUUGGCGCCAUCACCAUUCAACCAUACACCGUCCGCAUGCCCGCAUCUUCCAACUGUGUGACCUUCCAGUCCAGUGAUUUGUACAAGGCGCUCCCCACACCGUCUGGUGCUUCGUCGGCCAGUGGUGCGUCAGCUAUUGGCACAGGUGCUUCCGGCCGCCCUGUGAGCGGUUCUGCUACGCGUACUGGCUCUGGCGCCGGGCCAACCGCGACUGGCGCUGCAGACACCAAUGCCGCUAACACGCUGAAGAUCUCUGCCUUUGCAACAGUCUUCGGUGCUCUGUUCGCCGCUGCUUUCCUUUCAUGAGGACGUCACGACUCUCAUGGAUAGAUUGGGGGGUGAUAAUCGGGUGUGGGUGACAUACGGACUAUAAAACAUACCUCUAGUUACCUUCUCCACCUACCGGCGUAGUGCUGUGGAUUACGAACGGUUUAUUAAUAAUUCUCGGAAGCUCGUCCACUGUCCUUUUCCUUAGGAAUAUAGCAUCGUUAUGAUUCGUUUGGACUAGACAUCACGGACUGAUACUUUCCCUUGCAAUUGACUUUCUACUUUGCUUCAGUCCUUUGUGUCUGCAUCAUUUGCAUGUUUUGCAUUUUCCUGUACGUCGUCGAUUGCGCACUUGAGACGUAUACCCUCACUUUAGAGCAUACCAUCCUUUCUUCUGACUCAUCUUCCUGCUUGAAUUGUUUUGGUUGCGCGAGUUCUACAUUUGAUCACCCUUGCGUAUCAAUUUGGGGCGGUGUGCAAUGGGUGGUUGCCUGAUGCUGCUGCUCAACGCCGUUCGGAGGAUUGUGUUAUGCAAACCCUAAGCUACCACUCAUUGUGUCGGUUCUUGCCCCAUUAUAUUGUGCAAGUCGGAAAUAAUAUCAACAAUUUACCAUCAGUGGGUCCACUGCAUCUUAUAACAUCCUCCUAGAAUGGUUGUCCUUGUAACGUUGGGAUCUUAUCAAACACGACCGUUAUUGAUCCCGCU